CCUUUCGAAUAGACGUAAGUGUGGUCUUACCGCGGCUAAGAUGCCAUCGAACCAGGGCCACUAACUGAAGUAAUCAAGAACCAACGCAACAAGCGAGUGAAGUGACGUGAAGUGAACACAAACGAAUCCAAAAUCGAAUACGAAUAUGGCGCACAAUACGCGCAACUCCGAUUUAUCGCAGAUAGCGGUCAAUGCCAACAAUAUACCCGAUGACAGUGUCGAUUGCGGGAUCAAAGGUCUGGGCUGGUGCCGCGGUCCUGGCUGUCAGAAAUACGCCAGGCUGCGCACCUUCGUCCUGGUCCUGGCCAUCUCGGGAACGCUCCAGGGCGCCUGCGAAUCCUACUUCCGCGUCUCGGCCAAACAGGCCGCCUUCCAGUUCGGCUACAGUCCGCUGCUAGUGGAUUGGCUGCUGGUGGCCAGUGGAUUGUUCCAGGCUGUAUUUGCCUUGGCCUUUGCCUACUGGGCGGAUGUUUUUCAUCCCAUCAAAUGGCUGGUGGGAACUUUGAUGCUGCAGGCAGUCACCUGCGUGGUGGCCGUGAUUCCGUCUAUUAUUAACUUUUCCGAGGGCGGCAAGGCAAAGGACGCCCUGCUGGAUGCCAAUCUGUGCGCCACGUCGCUGGCGCAGUUCCAGAAACUGACGCUGACCGAGUCGCAGAGCAGCAGCCUCACCCUGGCCAUGCUCUUCGUCCUGCAACUGGCCCUGGGCAUGGGUGGGCUGGCCUACUACACGCUGGGGGUCAGCUACAUCGACGACAACUCCUUGUCGCAGGACAGUCCGGCGGUGAUAGCGGCCAUACUGGCAGCCCGCGUCUUCGGCCAGCAGGCCGGCUCCUUCCUCGUCCUGGGAGUGGGACUGACCAACGUGGGCUGGUGGCUCGGCUGGGUCGUUCUGGCUCCCUUCAUCUUCGUGGGCGCCGUCAUGCUGGGACUGUUUCCCAAGCGACUGCCCAAGACGGUCAUCCACCAGGCCGCCCAGCGGAUCAUCGAGCAGUCCAAUAUGCGCCACUUCGGCAGCCAGUUCUCCACCUACCUGGACGACUCCGACUUCUGGCCGUCGCUGAGGAGGCUCUUCAACAACCGCCUGCUCAUGUUCAACCUGCUGAGCCUGAUGUGUGUGCAGAGUGCGGUGGUGAACUACGGGCUCCAGGAGGAGGGCUACCUGCAGAGCAGGUUCUUCCUGCCCUACAACGAGCAGGACGGCCUGACGGCGGAGUGGAGAUCGGCGUUCGUGUCCUACUUCCUCAAGCCGCCGGUGAUGGCGGUGGGAAUGCUGGUGAGUGGCCUGGUCAUCUCGAAGGCCCAGCUGUCUGCCCGCAAGAUCACCGGCAUCAACGUGACCCUCAGCCUCCACCUGGUGGCCAUUUUCGUGGGCCUGAUCUUCGUCAAGUGCGAUGUGGGCGCCAUUGCGGGCGUGGAGGGUGGCAAGUUAAAGCAGCCCUACUGCUCCAGCCAGUGCCUGUGCACGCCCACCGCCUUCAUGCCCGUCUGCCCAGAGAACAGCUCCAUCACGUACUUCUCGCCCUGCUAUGCGGGCUGCACCAAAGAGACCUCCAUCAACAGCUUCCAGCUGUUCGAGGGCUGCAGCUGCAGCGGCGACCAGUCGCUGAACGCCACCGGCCAGAUGAGGGCCACCGCAGGAGCCUGCAGCGCCGACAGCUGCCAGUGGGCCAUCAUCGUCUUCCAGAUCAUGACCAUUUCGGUGGCCUUCCUGCUGGGCGUGGGCACCAUCGGCAAGACGCUGAUCACCCUGCGGGCUGUCCUGCCCCAGGACAAGUCCCUGGCCCUGGCCUUCGAGCUGAUGAUCGUGGGCCUCUUCGCCUAUGUGCCGGUGCACCUGAGCUACGACAUUGUCACCCGCUCCACCUGCGUUUAUUGGGCGCCCAACUACGAGCGCUGUCUGCUGCGGGAGACGCCCAAGCAUGGCAACAUCCUGGACAUCCUGACAGCCUCCUUGAUCCUGGCCAGUGUGCUCUUCGACAUUCUGGUGUAUAUCUUCGCCAAGGGAUUGAAUCUGUACAACUGCAAGGUGACGGACACCAAUUACACGCCAUCUCUGUAUGCCCCCAUUCCACACGAGGAUGCGACUACGUCGCCGAGUGCUCCGCGCGGAGGAAGUCCCGUGACCACCACCACCACCUCCUCGCCCACGCAACGCAGGGAUGCCCCCCAAGAAGCCCCAACACAGACUGCGGUCUUCAGGAAUCCCAGUUCGGUGACGACCUCGUCGGGCGGGGCCCAGAGCAUCGUGGAGCCCAACGAGAGUGGUGUCACCUACGCACAGGUCGUGUUCCCGCCAGACAGACGCAAGCCAGAUGACGGCAGCACCAGUCCCAAGCGGUUGGCCGUCCCAGCAAACGUGCCAUUGCACCUUCUCUCCGAGUCGGACGUUCGCAGUCAGUUGGGCAACCUGAAGUCAUUCAAUCCUCCCAAGCAGGAGGCCGACCUGGGUCGCGAUACGGUUGACACCGAUGACGUGGUGGUCACCCAACCACAAGCGCAUGCCCAACCGCAGAUCCAAGCAGUGCUUCCCCAGGUCCAACCUCAAGUGCAGGAGGAGAGCUCGCCAACUAUCACAGAACCACAGCCAAACCACCAAGGGCGACCGGAUGACCCCAGGCCACAAAGCCCUGAAACGGAUUUCUAAAGGGACCGAGGCCACACAAAGUAUUCUAAACUGUUUUUACAACAUUCCCUAGCUUAAGAUCCAAUGUGCCAAGACAAAUCACUUGAACAAAUAAAUUUAUUUUUCAAUCCAUA